UGUGUGUGUGUGUGUGUGUGUGUGUGGCGCGCGCGCGCGUGUGUGUGCGCGUGUGCCUAUGCAUAUGCGUGUGUACAGUCGCGUACAAAGUCACAUCACGACUAAAGCAUCGAAACUCAUAACCUAAACAAGAUUCACACAACCUUAGUGUUCGAGACAAUUCGAAACACUCCGAACCGCGAUUUCCCUCCCCUGUAUACUCACACACGUACUUACACACGUUCACUAUAUCCAAACCCGCAGAUGCAGGCGACCUACGUCAUGAUGUUGACAGCGAUGUGUUUCGUGACGUCAGAGUCCUCCGAGCGGCGGCCGUCCAGAUGUCAGACCAGCGUGCGAUACGUCAACAAAGUUCGAACGCUUAUCGAGGAGGAGCCGAUGUACAAGACAGUCUACAAGACGGAGAUCGCCCCCACCUACGUCACACGAGCCCAAUACACGACGAAAUUCCAGACCAAAUACGUACCGAGAGCGGUCUCGCAACGCGUCACCGAGACCGCGGUCCAGGUCAAGAGAUGCUACACCACCAAGACCGAAAUACGCUACACAACGCAGCGCCUGACCCGCCACGUCAACUCAACGGGGUACGACCUGCAAUACGUCACAGAAACGGCUUACCAACCGCGCUACGUCAUGGAAACGCAGUACCAUGUACAGUACACGACAAAGUACACGCCUGUCUACGUCACGGCCACGAGGGUACAGUACCAGACCGAAUACCAGACCAAGGAGGUGUUGAUCACUGUGACAGAGACCGAACAGACGUAUUCAACCGUGUGUCCACAACAAGCGUAUAAUUAACGGUGUCUUAGGUAGGCAACCCAAUAUUUUGUUUUACGAUUUUGUUAUGAAAUUCUUUAAAUUAUUAUUGUUUGGUGACUCUAUUUUUCUUUUUUCGUUUGGUACUAUCGAUAUUUAUUUUCGUCAUUAAUAGCUCAAUUAUAACAUCG